AUGCUCGCAAUGCUGAAAAAACAGCGCUUCCCUUGUUGGCAUUGGAAUCUGAGUUUCAUCUCGCCCACUUCUCCCCCCGGCUGUUCUCCCGUCUCCUCCCCGUCAUCCACAACCUCAUCCUCAUCAUCCUCCUCCUCCUCCUCAUCAUCUUCUUCUGCAUCGUCCCUGUCCUUGGGAACUUCCUCCCCGGAAAUGGACCCGCGUCCUUCCGGCUCACGACCACUCAGCGUCACGGGUGCCUUCUGCUUACCCCGGCCGUCGCUGGACCAGGUGUUGGCUGACACUGCCCCUCCUCCCUAUACGCUCAGUGCCUUCAUGGCCUAUCUCUCGCAGAAUCACUGCCUGGAGAACCUCGAGUUCACCAUGGAAGCAAGCCGAUACCGAGAAUCCUACCAGGAAUUCGCUCGUCAGCUGCCAGGCUCUCCCGUCGUCAUCGACACCCCGGGGAUCCAGCACCUGCGCAUGCUCUGGCAGCGUCUGCUGUCUGCCUACGUCACUCCGGGCGCUCCCCGUGAGAUCAACCUGCCCUCCGCCGUUCGUGACGAUCUGCUUCGACAUGCAAAUGCGACCAUGCCCCCUCCUCCGGAAACGCUCGAUUCGGCCGUGCGCCGCAUCUACGACUUGAUGCAGGAAUCUAUCUUCCUCCCGUUUCUCAAUACCUAUUCUGCCUCCGCCUCCGUCUUGCCCUUGUCUGCUCCUCUCUAUGCCGGUGAUGACACCGCAGCAUCCUUUCCCUUCCCCGAUUUUGGCGACAGUACCGCUGUCAAACGCACCCGGACAAGAGGCAAACGCCCCUCCCCCGAUCCGUACAUGAGGGAGCUCGCUGCAUCACCGCCCAUGCCCUCCUCCGGCCAUUCCUCCAGUCGUGCGAGCUUCCCCCUCUCUGCCGUUACGACCAAGGGCAAGUCCAGUGGUCGAAUCACAGGUCGUGUCUCGCCUACCUAUUUCGAUUCCAACUCUCCCGUGUUGACCGAUGAUUCGGGCAGCUUCCACUCCCAUGCGAGCUCGGGUGAACCGAUGACUCCACCCACAACCCCGUCUAGUGCCCAAUCCAGUCUAUCCCAGAGUCCGAAAUCCCGCAUGGAUCUCCCGUGGAAGAAAAUGGGGAAGAAGCUGGGAUUCAAACGGUGA